CUGGCAGGUAGAACCAGUCGACGCGGCCCCUUCUACGAGUGUACGACAAAAAUUGAGGCUAUCUGACAGCCUGAAUGUAAAAAUGAAAACAAUUCCCAUUAAUUAUUUUUAAAACCAAAUAUUUUGUAAUGACCGGUAGGCUGUGAACAUAUAUUUUUAAAGAAACGUGCAGUCGUUAAAACAAUAAGUGCCUUAGUACCUACUCGGAUUAACCUGUUGAUUCCUGCGCACAUCCUAUUAUUUGGUGAAAAAUAAACGUUAAUGUGUUUCAAAAUUACAAAAAGGACGUACCUAUCUUUCUAAACGUGAUGCUGCCCCGAAAAAAGUACCUGAAUUAGAAAAUAACGCAAAACCGACGUCGAACGCUUUUACCAAAUUUUAAAUGUUAAACUUGUUUUAGUGUACCUAUUAUAAAAUUGAGAAAUACUCUUCGUUUUAAGUCAUAUUUAUCGUUGUGAUAUCCUUCGUUAAUUUAUUUACUUAAAUAAUAUAAUUUAAAAGACCUACCGUCAUACGUUAUAGGUUAGAUUAGGUACUAAAUAAUACUUCUGUGAUUCUCUGAUAAGCAAUUUCAAAGUGAUAAGAACAUUUCUUGUACCUAUAUCUACCUACUGAUAUAACUACGGCCGUAAAAAACUGAGUGCUUACCUACUAUUUUACAUUCUAAUGCAAAACUUUAAAAAUACGGGGAGAAUCAACAAGUGGUCGCGUGGCAGCAUGGCGGAUUGUGUACUAUAGAAGAAUAUUAUUCCAUCAUUCGAAUUUUUCCAUAUUCACCAAAUGAGUAUUAAAGGCCUCAAUAUGAUUGGACCUCACCACGUCUGCAUACUUUAUGUGGCUACAGCUGGCCUACAAGGACCGCUGAUGGGAUCAGACGAACAAGAAAUUGUCCUUUUGAUUUAUGUUAUCAUCGAUGUUAUGCAAAACAAGGUUGUGGGAAUCCAACAAUAUCCAGUUCGUCCAUUAGCGGCAGACGUAAACGAAAAUAUUUUAUCCGACCAACUAACAUCCGAAUCCGUAUUAACCGACGAAUUAAUUAAAUCCGCUGGAAGACUGCUAGAAAACGCUUUAACGGAAUUCGAGAUCUACUGCGCUAGCAUUCACGUUGAUCCUCACAACCCCGGUUUUCAGUUUGUAACGGACGGACAGUUACCAUUAAGACAAUGUUUGCACCCAGAGGCCUGUAGAAAAGACAUAGACUUACCUUAUUACUAUUCAACUUUCCAUGACCUAAGGAAGGAAGUAGCGAAAUUUAUUGGAAAAACUGACGACUUACCUCAAAGUGUUCCUGAUAUGGUGACGUAUAUAGAUUUAAAACCAGAAUCCGAAAAUGAAUUUUACAAAAAAGAGGCUAAAGAUAUGAUAAACAUUGUACAUAGGUUAAUAAGGGACGGGCAUCGAUUCGAAAUUCCGGAAACGAUUAGUCUAAUACUGGAACCUGGAAUCUGCUCGAAGGACGAUGAGAUAGAUGGUAAUUGUGUGGUGAGAGCAAGAGGUUUACCCUGGCAAAGUAGUGACCAAGAUAUAGCAAAAUUUUUUCGUGGACUGAAUGUUGCCAAGGGCGGUGUAGCACUGUGCUUGUCCCCUCAAGGAAGACGGAACGGUGAAGCUUUAAUUCGAUUCAUUAAUCAAGAACACAGAGAUAUGGCACUAAAGAGACAUAAACAUCACAUUGGACCUCGUUAUAUCGAAGUGUAUAGAGCAUCUGGAGAUGACUUUUUGUCUGUCGCAGGGGGUUCUAACGGAGAAGCACAAGCAUUUUUAUCUAGAGGUGCCUCGGUUAUAGUCCGUAUGCGCGGUUUACCAUACGACUGCACGGCUAAGCAAGUUCUCGACUUUUUCGCUUCUGGGGAACAACCGUGUACAGUCUUAGAUGGGCCAGAUGGGGUGUUGUUUGUGAAAAAACCCGACGGUAGGGCAACCGGCGAUGCGUUUGUUUUAUUUGCUCAAGAGUCCGAUGCGCCAAAGGCGCUUUCGAAGCACAGAGAGUGCAUUGGAUCGAGAUACAUCGAACUUUUUCGAUCGACGACUGCCGAAGUACAACAGGUUCUAAAUCGUUCCUUAGACCCCAAGACCUAUGAACAACCUGCUCCUUUGAUUGCUCAAAUACCACAAGUGCCUUUAUUGCCUCAACACAUCAUUACCUCUGGUACUCGUAAAGACUGCAUUCGACUUAGAGGGCUUCCUUAUGAAGCACAAGUAGAACAUAUAUUGGACUUCUUGGGUGACCAUGCCAAAAAUAUUAUUUUGCAAGGCGUUCAUAUGGUAUAUAAUGCUCAGGGACAACCUAGUGGCGAAGCUUUUAUUCAAAUGGAUUCGGAGCAAUCGGCCUUUAAUGCGGCUCAACAAAAACAUCACCGUUAUAUGAUAUUCGGCAAAAAACAACGUUACAUAGAAGUUUUCCAGUGUUCAGGAGAAGAUAUGAAUCUCGUUUUAACUGGAGGAAUACCGUCACCAGUGUCACCUGCAAAAGCCGCCCCGGCUUUGCUCAGCCCCGGUAUGUUACCUCCUUUAGCACCGUUGCCACCCACAAACAUUCCGCCACCUCCUCCCCCAUCAACAGCUGCUCAGAUAUCUCAAAGUGUGGUUACGCCAGGGUGGGAAAAUUCACCCUUAUUAGCGCAGCAACAAGCGCAAAUGAUCGCGCAACAAAAUUUGCUUGUCCGUCAAAGUCAAGCACAAGCACAAGUUCAGGCACAAAAUGAACACAUACUUUUAAUGAAUCAAAUUGCACAUCAUAAUCUGGCGGUCUUAAACCACGGUGUUCCUUCAAUCGGUGCCGCUGCAGCCAACGGUGCAUUAUUAAAAGCGCCACCCGCCAUGCAAAUAAUGCCGCAUAUUUUACCCCAUCAACAGCCCCUUGUUUUAUUACCCCCUCGGAUGGCCCCAUUGGGAAUGCCGAGGGCGCCGGUUGCAUAUCCGUCACAAUUAUUACCCAGUGGCGCGCAAGGUGUUCUUCCCUUUGUCCCCCACGUCGCAGUGAAGCGUAGUUACGGCGAUGCGUUUAAUGAACAAGCGACUUCUGCAAAACGCGCCUAUCAGCAAGGAGCCGCCGUUCCCCUACCUUAUCAGACUUUUUAUCAUAAUGUAUAAUUUUGCAUUCCAAAAUAAAGUAUAAUCUAGGCUACCUACGUAAGUAACAUUCCAUUUUUCCACUCAAAAAGACUUAUUUAUCAUUCCAGUUAGUUUUAAGAAAAUCUCUUCGAUUUAAACAUGACAAACUUGUGCCUUAUUUUGAGAUAUCUACAAAUAAUGCUUUUAUCCAUUACACGUAAUGUGCCUUACACUGACUGUGAAAUUUAUAGACUUGGUAAUCCAGUGAUUCUGACUCAUUACUAUUCAUUUUUUUUUAAAUCGCGAAAAUUAUGUUAGUGAUAAUUAUAUUGUAUUUGUCCCGUUACAAUACGAAAUUAGCGUUACGUUGUACUCUGUAAUGAGGCUUUUGUUGUAACAAAAUGUCUGCCACUAAUAUACGGAUGGAUUGGGUUUAAUAUAUUGUUUACAGUGGUUUAGGAGUUUAAAUUUAUUGAAAGACAAUUGGAAAUCCAACUUGUUAAUUUCGGCAUUGUCUUUGAAUGAAUUUUUGACAGUAAUUAUUUACAUUAUGGAGAAGGUUAUUGACUCCAUAUGGCAGCUUGAAUAUAUGUGUAUAUUAAUUAUGGUUUAGUUAUCGUUUUUUGAAUUUUAUAUAAUGGGGUACAUUUUGUUUUUUUUAGUUAGCGCAUAAAUCUCACAAGAGGUUUGCAAAUUAUUGGUAGUAGGUUAGUAUAAGCCUUCUGCAUUCUCUUGGGCUUCCGCUAGAUUUUGAUUAAAGUUUUGGUGUUUCUAACAAGCUUCUUGGCAUCUAAACUCUCUUAUUAUUGUGGACGAUUAGAACACAUGGCUGGGUACUAAUUUAGUUUUUCCAUGAUUUUUGUACUUGUUUUUUAGUAGUUUUUUUUUAUUUAAUGGAAAAACUAAAUUAAUUCUAUAUAACUAACAUUGUCGACUGUAAAUAUGAAUUCAUUCGUACGAUCAUUUGAAAUAUCCUGAGCUAGUCAAAAUCUAGCGAAAGUAUAAAGUGAUCUUCACUUUAGAAUCACCUUGUUUAUUUCUGUUACUGUAUGCAGCUCUUACUUCAUACAAUAUGUUUCUAAUUAAUUUACACUUUAAUAAAUGUUUUGUCACAAUAAUGCUUUUUGGGUUUAAUGUUAGAUCUCCUUUUGCUGACCUGUUUUGCUCAUCUUGGAGACACAUGCGUGUUAAUUAAAUAUUAAUUUUUGGUAUUACAAGAUGAGCAAAUCGGGAGUUGUGGGCUAGAUUUGUUGGUUAUCCGGGACAUGGCAUCGUUCGUGGUGUUCGUGGGCUCCACAAGGUGGAAUGGUAAUUUCUGCUACACUGUGGUGAGUCUAUUUAUACUUAUUACCAACCUUACAAAAAUAACACUUCUUUGUCAUAGGCUCAUAGAGUAGUUUCAAUCAUACAUUAUAGCUUUCUUUUAUGUGGGUUAUGGUA